AUGACGCGAGACUUGAACCCACCUCAAAGUUUAAAAGAACUUUUACCUUUAAAGUGGGUGCAAGACCAAAUGAAAAGGAAUAGAAAUGCUAUUUCAGUUAAGGGUGGCUUACAACUUGUAAGUGAGAAUUACAAAACUGUUGUUCAUUUACUUGAGUUCAGUUCUUUGGGUCAAUUUUCGCCAUAUGUUACGACUUACACUGUUGAAUAA